AUGGCGGAACUUCAUCUUAACAGCUUGGUCAUUCAAUCUGUUGUCUGGUUUGUGUAUCUUCUUAUUACAACAAACUGUAAAGGAUGUGAAAUCUCCAACGAUGGAAUAUCAAGAAUUGUURACCAUAAUUGCAGCUGCAGUGUAAAUACAACUGGCACGUUGCGUUAUCGACUGCAUGUUCUGCAGAUAUGCAACGGCAAGGAAUAUGUUGAUAGUACAUUCCACUAUACAUCACCUUACUGGACAAACGAAGCCACAUACAAUGAAGACAUUGGUGYUGURCAAGGWUUAAUCGACCAGGAAACUAAACUCCAAAGCUACUCGUAUUUCCCUUUUACUAUGCUCUGCCUUGGUAUGAAGGCAAACAACGAGAGCAGAUGGAUCGGCRUWAAGUACACUGCUUCAUCUCUAUAUUCGAUCCUGGCAGAUAACGAAUAUAGAAAGAYUGAAGCUGGACGUGAGACCUGGAAAAGCUUGAUAAGYGGGUCUUCUUUGCAGAGUUAUUGUAAUAUGGAAGGUUUUAAUGUAAAAGAUGCGAAUAAUUAUGGAACAAUGGYAAGGAUUGGCAUAAUAGGUAAUAACGAAGAUAAUUGCUUGACUCCUGAAUCACGAUUGGGGUUUGGCACUAGUGGUUAUCAGUGCGACCAAGAUGAUAGUAACACCGCUGGCAAUGAGGCCCGCUGUUGGUCUGAUAACGGUGAUAGAACAGUGAAGGGAUUUGGGUAUAUCUUSGCACAGACUCAUGUAGUAAAUUAUACCCUUGGAAUGGCCGCUAACCCUGCUGAUUCAUGUCAAGAAAUCAAAUCUGUUAAAAGGAACUCGCCCAAUGGUGCAUAUUAUCUUAAUUUGGCUGGAGAAUCUACCAAGGUGUAUUGUCAUAUGGACACUAUCUGUGGAUCGAGUGGAUGGACUAUGAUCAUGAAAUUGGAUGGAGAAAAGUCAACCUUCAAGUACUCGUCACAGUACUGGAAAACUAAAAACACCUACAAUAUCGAAGCUGCAUUCAACGGCCUUGACAACCAAGAAACAAAGCUAACAACCUAUUCAGAAUUUCCAAUCAAAUCUCUCUGCCUGGGAAUGAACACAAGCGGAACUCUCAACUGGUUGAAAGUACCUCAAGAUGUACCAUCACUGUAUUCUGUGAUAUCUGGAAAUGCAUACAAAAACACUAGCCUUGGACGUGAAGCAUGGAAAGGACUUAUCCCUGGUUCUUCUUUACAAAGAAAUUGUAACCAGGAAGGAUUUAAUGUUGGCGGCAAAGAUACCGCUAUUCGAAUUGGAAUACUUGGAAAUAAUGAGAAUGAAUGCAAAAGUCCUGAUUCGCGUCUUGGGUUUGGUGGAGCUGGCAAUCGAUGUCGUCAAGAUAAUAGCAAUAGCGUAGGAAAUGAAGCGAGUUGUGCUGGUGAUAAUGGGGACAAAAGUAUCAAGGUUUUUGGCUAUAUUUUUGGCCAGUAGUUUAAAAACAAGACGUUUUCUUCAUCUGUGCAUUGAAUGAGAUAUCGUUUUGAGUUUGGAGAUUAAAUAUCAAAAUAUUUUCCU